GCCCGCAUGGGAUUGAUCACGACUUGUUAUUUGCAACAAGCAAGUGGAAAUUUAUUGGAUAAUUUAACAUCUGAUUCACCAAAUUUAGAUAGUGCAAUUCAGAAUGUAAGAGACAUAUUUGCUUUGUCAACCAAAAGUUUAGAUCAGACUGCGAGAACUGGUGCUUUUCACCACAUGAUACGUCGUCGUGCUACCAUGUAUGAUACAGGUCUAAAUGAACUAAGAGACUAUGCUAACACAAUUGUGACUUUACCAUUAACAGCAGAUGGUAUAUUUGGAUCUCAGUUUGAUACCAAAAUGAAAGAGAAAACUGACAGAAAUAAGCAAUUAGCUGAAGUUUUACCUGAUAAUAGAAGAGUUACAGUUGGUUCACAGUUAGGUAAGAGAAAACCAACGGCUACAGUUACUUCAGAGUCAACAUUUGUGAAGAAGCCUAAAUUUGACAGUAACUUUAAGAUACCAAAGAAGAACUUUGGGGAGUUCAAGUCAUCUGGUAAACAGACGCAAGCUGCCAAACCAUGGCAAUCACAACGUUCAGGAGGUGCUCAGACUUACAAGCAUUGAGGAUAGGAGAGGGGUUUGUGAAUGUUCAGAAGAAAGGACUUGUUUUCUUGAGACCAGGUUUAUCAAAACAAGAUAGACCAAAUCAUUAUGGAACUAAAAUUUUUGUGCCUUACUUUGAACACAAUAAAAAAUUGGAUCCUAAAAGAGCCAUUGCGAUUUAUUUGAAACGCACAGAAGAAACAAGGAAAGAUGAAGGAAAACUUUUCUUGUCAACGGUUAAACCAUUCAAACCGGUUACAUCACAAACAAUUUCUAGAUGGUUAGUGAAUACCAUCAAAAUGGCAUAUGUAAAUACAGAUUUUAAAGUUAAAGCUCACAGUACGAGAGCAAUUGGACCUUCGUGGGCCUUAUUCAAUGGGGCUAGUAUGAAGAGUAUUUUAGAGUCCGCUGAUUGGUCUACUGAUACAACUUUCAUCAAGUUUUAUUUGAGAAAUGUAGAUGUUAAGGUUUUAUCCUGAUGUGUAUAUAACAGAUUGUUUUUAAA